AUGGGAGAUUUAGUCACAAAUAGCUUGGAAGCCUGUAUUGCAGCAUUUAGGAAGCACCUCAGUGUCUCUAUAGUUGUGGUGGCAGAGGCCAUGGGUCUUCUUAUCUGUCAAAGAUUGGUGAUGAAAUUGGAAAUUCAGAACAUUGAAAUUGAAGAAGACUUCGGACCUUCUUGUGCAAGUGCAAAGGUGGUGGAUUUGAAUAAGGAGUCUUUGAGAUUUUGUGUUGAGAAGGUGAAAGAAGCAAUAGAGAUGGUGACAGAUGAGUAUGUGAAAUCAGUAAUGGAUUGGUUAGAGGUUUAUAGAGGAGUCCCUUCCAUUUUAGAUGAGAAUUUUUAUGUGUCAGCUUGGUGGAAGCUGCCCUUCCAUGAGUUGAAUUUUGGGUAUGGGAGGCUCACCUAUGGUGGCCCAGUUGUGAGUGGAAUGGAUGAGUUUGUGCUGUUGCUCUCUGAUGGUAUUGGGGUGAGGAGAGGUGGAGGUGACAAUGUAUGGAUGGCCUUAGAACAAGAGAAGAUGGAGAAAUUCAUGAUGCAUGUGUUUGAUAUGUAG